CUUUCAGUAUGUUCAUGCUUGAGUUGUUCUUUCAUAAAAUAGUAUUCACUUUUCCACCUCUCCACUGCUUGACAAGCUGGAAUUGCAGGAAUACUAGUUAAGUUCGUCGGCUCAUGUUCAAGCAUAGUCGAUGGGAAAUCCAUUGGCUAAUUAUACUGAUGAUUAUCAUCAGUGUAUCCUCAACUCCAGAAAGCGACUCAUACUACCUAUAUUAUAUCUGGCUCCAUACUCCAAACCAGUUCCCAAAUAUCACAGAAAGCAUCUGCUUCGCUUUUAGCCCCUUCCUCCAAAAGAUACCCCUAGCGCCCACAUUGAUCGUAUUGAAUACACGACAGAUCGAGUCGAAUCGAACGAAAUAGUUACUCGCUGAAGGAUAAUGUUUUGUUGCUCAUUUCCAAGCUUAGCUUGAAGG